AUGUGUGAUAAAACUCCUGCAACUAUUCUUACGAUACCUGUCGAUAUUGUCUAUCGUAUUUUGGACAAACUUGAUGAUCUUACAAUAAUAUUGUCCGCUCGCAACGUUUGCGAACGAUUAAAUAUAAUAACUGAUACGUAUCAUCGAUAUCAGGUAAAAUUUUCCAUUAUUAUUUUUUUAUGUUGCUGUUUUCUGUUAGAAUUAUCAUUGUUUGAGUAUAAUAUUAGAAGUGGAAUACCUUAGUUCUGUAUUUUUGUCGCAUGACCAUCGUACCGAAAAUAUUUUUCCAUAUUCGAAGCUUUGUAGUCACAAAACUCUAAUUAAAACAUAUGUCACAGUUAACAUGAAAAGAAAACUGCAUUUUAUACGUAUGAAUUAAUUUCCGGAACAAAAAUACAUAUUAACAGCUGUGUUUUGUAAGUGAACUGAACUUAUUGAUUUUGAAAAAUGUAUACCAUGUAAAGUCCUAUUAAACGUCAUAAACAGAAGGGUGUAGCUGUGACUGUGGAUAUGACUGUGAGCAGAUUCUACAUUCACACCACUUUAGAAAGGAAACUCCCCACAUUUUUCCACGAGAAAAAACCAACUUCGAGUAUUUUUCAAAAAAACAUCCGUUGUUUAGUGGAAUGCCCUUAUUAUGAGACAGCUGUUAAUAUGUAUUUUUGUUCCGGAAAUUAAUUCAUACGUAUAAAAUGCAGUUUUCUUU